CGUUCAGAAGCUAUAGGUAUUCAGCUGUUCUUGCAGUGUGGAAGAAGAUGAUUCCCAGGUGCAGAAGCUUUGUUCUUUCAUGUCGAGAUUGGCUGAGCUACUCUACAUUACCAGUUUGAAAGAGGGAGGAUCUCCUUCUGUCUGAGGCUAGAUUAAAUUUGUCGUGUUCAUAGUUUUUUAUGAGUUUGGAGAUUCCAUGGAUUCUCAUAAAGAAUCAACACUGCUGAAGCCGGAGGAGGUGGUUUUAGCCAUCUUGGGGGAGUCUCCAGCUGCAGAAAAUUCUUCAAACCAAGCUGCUACAAAUACAAAGUUGGAGUCUUUGCAGGAACCACAUAAUGUCAAACCCAAAACACCCAGUCCUGAGUUCUCAAUGUCUGCCGGAAUGAGCCCGAAGAAGCCCCCGAGACCACCACAGUCUGAGGUACUUCUUCGCCGGCGUUCCAUUGCUAAGCCCAAGUCAAGGUUUGAAGAGCCCACCGAUUCUAUUGACAGCUCCCAUACAUUCUUCCAUGACCAGCCUUCGAGCUCACCAUAUAAUGGAUCGCCAAACAAAAAAGCUUCUGGAACUCCUAAGACUCCUCGGUCCAACUUUGAUGAAGAAGAAGAGGAAGAGGAAGAGGAAGUGUACAAGAAGGUGUUGCUCCAGGAAAAUGGAAAGCGGAGAAAAAAAUGGAGACUUUGGCUUUUGAUUGAGUGGUUGAUACUAAUCUUGGCCACAGCUUGUUUGAUUACAAGCUUGCUGGUUCAAAGGCUGCAAGGACAUGUUAUUUGGGGCUUGGAGAUUUGGAAGUGGUGCCUUAUGGUGAUGGUCAUUUUCUCCGGCCAACUCAUGACCCACUGGUUCAUCACCGUCCUUGUUUUCCUGAUUGAAAUAAAUUUUCUUUUUAGAAAGAAAGUUCUCUACUUUGUCUAUGGACUUAAGAAAAGUGUUCAGGUCUGUGUAUGGUUAGGGUUGGUUCUUCUCUCUUGGUCACUCAUUUUCAAUGACAACCAUGUUCCAAGAUCACCAAAAACUGCAAAAGCUCUCAAUUAUAUAUCCAGAAUCUUAGCUUCUCUCCUGAUAGGUUCCGUGAUUUGGUUGGUAAAGACCCUUUUGGUGAAAAUAUUAGCUUCAACAUUCCACAUGAACAGAUAUUUUGAUCGGAUUCAAGAGACUCUCUAUCAUCAAUAUUUGCUAAAGACUCUUUCGGGGCCUCCUCUGAUGGAAAUGGCAGAGAAAGUUGGCCCCUCUAAGAGUUCAGCCCAGUUUAGCUUCAGGAGCAUUGUGAAGAACAAGGGAAAAGGAAAAGGAGAAGAGAUGGAGGCGAUCGACAUUGCGAAGCUUCACCGCAUCAGCCAGGAGAAAGUCUCAGCUUGGACCAUGAGGGGUCUAAUAAAUGUCAUUAGAAGCUCCGGUCUUUCAACAAUUUCAAAUAAGAUUGAUGAGAGCUUUGUUGAGGAUAGGGGUGAGCAAAAAGAUAAGGAGAUAACUAAUGAGGGAGAAGCAAAGGCUGCAGCUUACCAGAUUUUUAAGAUAGUUGCCAAACCUGGUUACAAGUACAUUGAAGUGGAGGAUCUCAUGAGGUUUUUAAGCAAGGAGGAGAUCUCAUAUAUGCUUCCGCUUUUCGAAGGAGCUUCCGAGACAGGGAAGAUCAAGAAAUCUGCAUUGAGGAACUGGGUGGUGAAAGCCUAUCUCGAUCGCAAGUCCCUCGCGCAUUCCUUGAAUGACACAAAAACGGCUGUCAAUCAACUGCACAAGCUCUUAUCUACUAUAGUUAUUGUUCUUAUCAUAAUCAUCACCUUGCUUAUCAUGGGCUUCGCCACAACAAAAGUGCUAGUUUUGAUCUCUUCUCAGCUCCUACUUGUGGGCUUCAUAUUUACGAAUAGCUGCAAGACGGCUUUCGAAGCUCUUGUGUUCGUGUUCGUGAUGCAUCCGUUCGAUGUCGGCGACCGUUGUGUAAUUGAUGGAGUUCAGAUGAUUGUGGAAGAGAUGAAUAUUUUGAGUACUGUUUUUCUUCAAUCUGACAAUGCCAAAAUCUACUAUCCAAAUUCAGUACUGGCCACCAAACCAAUAAGAAACUUCUAUCGAAGUCCCGAUAUGGGUGAUUCUGUGGAAUUUUCUGUUGAUAUUUCGACUUCAAUGGAGAGAAUAGCUGAUUUGAAGGCUAGGAUUAAAAUGUACAUAGACAGCAAACCGAACCAUUGGCAUCAAAACCUAAGCUUUGUGGUGAAGGAGAUUGUGGACGUGAACAAAAUAAACAUAGUUAUCUACGUGACGCACACCAUGAACUAUCAGAACAUGGGGGAGAAGAACAGCCGGCGGACUGAUCUGGUUCUGGAGCUGAAGAAGAUAUUUGAGGAGCUCUCUAUUGCCUACAAUCUUCUUCCCCAGCAGGUUCAUCUCAGCUACGUUGGGUCAAACCCACUGCCUAUGUCUAUCUGCAAUCAUGGCCUGGCGUGAAUCUUGAUGCAUGUGGAUCUAUCUGCAAGAAUCUUCAUGCUUUGGGACGGUAUUUUCGAAGUCUUGACACAGUUUUUAAAAAUCGUUACUGGUUUUAUUUAUUGAGCGUUGCCUUGUUUUAGAUGUGAAGGAAAUUGACUUUAUGAAGAGUAUAAAUGUUUGAUUUUUCAUGAAUCAA